AUAAACAAGAGCCACAAGACUUGUAUUGAAAUGAAAAUACAAGGGAGAGCGUUACACUAGACAAAGCCAUCACAACUUUGUUAACACUCUUCCUUCUUAAUCAUUUCCCUUCAAUUAAAUUUCUUAGUUGAAACCAAAAUAUAAGAUGGCAGCAGUGACAACACAGGCUUCGAUUGCCGGAUUCCGGCCAUGCGCAUCAAAAUCGAGGUUCUUGACGGGUGCUCCAGGAAAACUAAACAAGGAAUGUGGUGUUAGAUUGCCCUCAACUUCAUCAACUAAUUCUUUGAAGGUUGAAGCUAAGAAGGGAGAGUGGUUGCCUGGUUUGGCUUCCCCUGCCUAUCUUAAUGGGAGUCUUCCAGGAGACAACGGAUUUGAUCCCUUGGCAUUAGCUGAGGACCCAGAGAACUUGAAGUGGUUUGUGCAAGCCGAGCUGGUGAACGGCCGAUGGGCAAUGCUAGGGGUGGCUGGAAUGUUGCUUCCAGAGGUGUUCACACAGAUCGGAAUCAUCAACGUUCCGAAAUGGUAUGAUGCAGGGAAACAGGAGUACUUUGCCUCAUCAUCGACCUUGUUUGUGAUUGAGUUCAUCUUAUUCCACUAUGUGGAGAUAAGGAGAUGGCAGGACAUCAAGAACCCAGGAAGUGUUAACCAAGACCCUAUCUUCAAGCAAUAUAGCUUGCCUCCUAAUGAAGUUGGUUACCCUGGUGGCAUUUUUAACCCUCUCAACUUUGCACCUACUGCUGAGGCCAAGGAGAAGGAGCUUGCUAAUGGGAGAUUGGCAAUGUUGGCAUUCUUAGGAUUCAUUGUGCAACACAAUGUGACUGGAAAGGGGCCUUUUGAUAACCUUCUGCAGCAUCUAUCAGACCCAUGGCACAACACCAUUAUUCAGACAUUCGGUGGUAACUAAGAUCCAUCUCAAAAACUAGAAGGAAACACUGCGUUAUAGUUCUUUUGUAACAAUCAUAUCUUUUGUGGACUAUGUGAUAUUGAGCUUCUGGUAAUUAUUAAAGGGUUUCCAAUGUACAGAGCAACUGAAGUUGGCACUACUAUUUUUUCCAAUCUUUAGCUUUCAUGUUAUCAUAUUUUUACUGCUUAAUUACUUGCUUAGCA